CCGAUCAAUCCACCAUCUUUCACCCCAUCGCCCAUCACGAAGACAGCCACGCCCACCUUCGUGAUGAGGAAUGCCAUACCGCUCACCCCCCUCUUUCAUUCCCUCAUGCCGGCGCCUCUUCCACCAUUCCGCGGUUGUGCACGCGACACAUUAUGAGACGCUUCGGAUUCCGACGACGGCGAGUGCGAAGGAGAUAAAAACCGCAUUCUACCACCUCUCCAAACUCUCCCACCCCGACCGCAACCCCACCGACCCCACAGCCUCAACCCGCUUCGUCCACAUCUCCGAAGCCUACGCCACCCUUCGCUCCCCCGAAAAACGCCAACGCUACGACCGCGACAUCGGCCUCCACCACCAGCAUCGUCCCUCCCACCCCGUGCACCCCACCGGGCCAGCACAAUCGCACUACGGCCCCGCGGGCGGCCGGGCACCAAGCGGCCUAAGUCGUCGUCGAGCGACAUUCCACGGGGCGCCAGCGAGCUUUUAUAGGAGUGGCGGAUGGGGCGAACACGGUGCCAAGAGGCGAGCAGCGCAGGAAUCCAGCUCCGGCACGACGGGGGGAGAAGCGCGACCCAAGACAGAGGGCGGGAUGGGAUGGGGACAGAGCGCGUGGGUUGCUGCGGAAGAAGCGAGGCAUUUUGAUAGGGAGAGCCAUUUGAGGACUUUUAGGAAUCAUGAGAGGAGGAUGAAGGGGCGGGCGCAGGCGGCGCGGGGGGGUGGAGAAGGUGAAGGAGGAGGGGGGGAGAGGGAGGAAGAGGCGGGGGGGAGGGGGAUGUUGGGGGAUUUUUUGAUUGUGUCGGGGGUGAUCUUUGGGGGGAUUGCGGCGCCGUGGUGGGUUCCUGGGUUGUGGGGGAGGGGGGAGAGGAGGAGGGAUGGGGUGUAGAUAUUGAGGGAGAUGGUGUAGAUAUGGAGGGGGUGUAUGAUUCAGGAGUGGAUUGUGUAUAUUAUUAUGGUAGCAUGGCACAGGACGAGUCAAAGCAGGAUCAUGGGUAUUAAGGAUAGAUUUCUCUACCUAAUGUACACCGUACACCUCAGCUCUAAUCUGCUAGAUCGAAUACAACCGGACCACACAG